AUGGGGACGCCAAAGUUUUCGUAUUUGCGGUCCCUACUCCGGUUGUCCGAUGUUUGUGAUCCAAUUAAGGUGAUGUGCGAGGAAGCCUGUUUCGUGAAGCCUGGUCCCGACUGGCUGCCAAGGCUCAUGGUGGUAGACGGUUGUAAUAUAGGAAGAAGUGCAUGCGGUGUUGGGAGAGAAGCUGUGAACUGUGCAGGACUUAUGGCAGUAAUACGGUGGCUUCUUGUCAGAGACUUUGACGUCGUCGCAUUCUUGCCCGUGGUUUAUAACAAUUCUCACAACUUCAACGCAGUGCACGUCCAUCUCUUGGGGAAGCUUGAAGAAUUAGGCUUGGUGACGUUUACACCAGCUCGAACUGGACGUGGCGAUCGGAAAGCUUUCAUCAACUACGAUGAUCUCUACGUCACUACCCUGGCUGCUCGUCAUGGUGGAUGCGUUUUGAGCGGUGACAAAUUCAAGGACAUACUCGCACAGUCUACUUAUAGUGAAUUUCAUCAUGUGAUUCUUCAUCGCACACUAGAUAUAAAAUUUCGUUUUCUUCCACACGAGAUCGUGCAUCAUGGAGCAGAUGUUUUCUACAAAGCUCUCCCUGAGCUUUUCAUUUAUGAGGAUGUGUCGAUAAGGGCAAAGCUUAUUGCUCAAAAAAUCUUUGCUAGUCCCGAGGAUCCAGAAUAUUCAAAAGUAUUGCUACGACGGGAAUCGUGGAAUGAAGAGCGUAAAAAUGAGAGAAUAGGUGCUAUUGACGAUAUGCUUGCUGAGUUAUGCGAAAGAAACGCGAUCCGUCCACUUGCAUUGGAAAAUCUCCCUGGUUAUCAGUUGCAAAUGGAACCUCUCGAGGAACUCGGUGACGGAUUGGGUAACCUUUUCGAGGAAGAACACCCGUUUAGUGUCAGCAUAUCAAACCAUGGCAACCUGACGACGGAUGAACUUUGGAUAAAUUCAUCGACCUCCUCUUCGAAUUCUGAUACGAGUGACGAACCUCUCAUUGAUUUCUCUCAAUGUACAUCCCAACUCCUUGACUUGCCUCUUAUCUGUUGUGAAGACUUGGUAUCGCCGCUACACGCAAUUAACGAAACUUCUGACCAAACGCAGCUGCAGCUAACAAGCUCCGAUUAUGAGACGGCGAUGAACCAUGAGACCAGCGAGUGUCACAAGAAAUCUGAGAAAAAAGAAUUGCUGAACGCUUACAGCCAGGAGGACGUUUUACAAGAAAUUGUAGCACAUAUCGAUACUCUUAUCACAACAAGAGAUAAGAUGUCGAAAAGGGAAAGGAGCACGGAAGUGCACACUAACCUCGAGGAGUUUUCUUCGUUUCGUGACUACUGCGAAAGGAAAGCGAUGAAGAUCAGUCACAUGGAAGCCCCCUCAAAUACCAAGAACCCUGUCAAAUCAAUAGAAGGGAUUGAUGGAGAAAGCGGCGCCUCAGAGUGCGAUAGAAUGUCGAGUGCAUCAACAGAAGAAGAAAUUAGCUACAACAACAGCCACAGUAAUGAAGACACCAGAAGCAGUUGCCAGCACGUCACGGAGGAGUCGGAGAUUGAGUCGACCUUAUCUGCGAUCUUUCCUGCCGACAUUGUGCAACAAGUUCUCACUUUGAAUGCUAGCCGAAAUGUUGCUUUUUUGGCUAAUCAGUGUGCUGAACUUUGUUCUUAAACAUCUGAUUACUGGUGGUUGUUGAAUAAAUUAAGAG